UACACUCCCACUCCCCCCCCCCCCCCCCCUUCCUUUGGUCUCUCUCUCCUCCCCCUGGAACAUCAACACUGCUGAUUCUGCAACAGAACGCCUCGUCUCUCCACGCACGGUAUUACUUACUAUAUGAGGACCCUGCUGGGUGACCCAGAGUUUAAAGAAAGUUGAAGGACUCAUUUCAUGCACAGUCUUCACUGUGGAGCUGCCAUGACGCCUCUGAUACUCCUACUCCUGCACGUCCAACAGUUUGGCAGAGUCGAGAUGCAGGGCAGUAAAGGAUCGUGCGAUUUCGAGAAAGACUUGUGUGGCUAUGAAUCAGACCUUCUCUUUGGACCAUGGAUGGUGAAUUUACAAGGCCGCUAUGUCCACAUUGAAGGUUCUCCUGGCAACAUUCAAAAAGUGGGUACCCUCAGCAGUCCUGAGCUGCACUCUCUGGGAGAGAGCUGCGUGAGACUCGUGUAUCAGAUCACAGGCUCAGAUCCCGGAAGACUGAACAUGUAUUUUCGACCAGAAGGGAACAGCUUUGACUUUCUGCUGUGGUCUGCCAGUGAUCCAUCUGACAGCUGGAAGAUUGCCAGCAUAGGCGUGAAGAAUAUAGCAGAGAAAUCCAAGAUAAUUCUAGAAGGUAUUGUCAAUCCAGACCCAAUGGCCAGUAUUGCAGUUUUUGACAUCAAUAUCACUCCUGGGUAUUGCAUUGAGUGCAACUUUGAAGAAAAUCACCUCUGUGGCUACAACAACAGAUGGAAUCCAAACCUGAACUGGCUGGUUGGUGGAGGAUCAGUCCGAGAUUCGCCCUUACUUCUGCCCACUGACCACACUUUCGACACUGAGCAAGGUCACUAUAUGUACGUUGACUCUAUUUAUGCCAUGCGUUUGCACGAAGUAGCUCAGUUGUUGUCUCCAAUGACAAUUUCUGUCCUCUCGGGAUGUCUGUCCUUCCAUUACCAACUUGAACAGAAAUAUUCCACUUUAUUUGUGGUCUACACCAAGGACAGAAUCGGUCAUUAUGAGGAGUUGUGGCGAUCUAAUCAGUCGAUGCACACCUGGAAUUUGGUAAAGGUGAAUAUUAAAGCUUCGCAUCCAUUUCAGCUGGUGUUUGAAGUCGCCUUCAGCAGCAUGAUUGAAGGCUAUGUUGCUCUGGAUGAUAUUUCUUUCUCUCCACAGUUCUGCAACAAUGAAACAGCUCUGUUCUUUGAUCCCUCUGUGGCAAAUUGCAACUUUGACCAAGGUCUUUGCAAAUAUACCCAAAACCACAUUGACGACACAAAAUGGACGAGACUGAUUCGGAAACCAAAUCCGUUCCGAUUUGGAGAUCAUACAAGUGGAACGGGUGGCUUUCUUCUUUCCAAUGCAAAGUUUGGAUAUCACCAGGAGUACGUGGCACAUCUAAUAGGCCCGCUUUUACUAGCCAACUUCCAGUACUGCUUGCAAUUUUUCUAUGCACUGAAUCAUUUUAUAUCAGAAGAUGCCCUUGCUGUCUAUAUCUAUGAUGAAAUGGACCAGGUCCUGGAAAAGAUUUGGACAAUUCCUAAACCACCAACUGGAAUGUGGAUUCAAGCAGAAGUUAAUUUCCAAAGAUUGGAGCCCGCCAAGAUAGUUUUUGUCAGUGUUUGCAAUAGUUUCUGGAACUGUGGCAAGGUCGCACUAGAUGACAUCGUUGUAAGCCAAGGGGAUUGUCAGAUUCCUGGAGGUUCCUGGCUGGCUGCUCCAGGGAAGUGCAAUUUUGACAAGGAUAAUUGUGGAUUUAUUCAGGACCGCAACGACAGAAGCAACUGGCAUCGAAGAACAGGCAGCACACCGACAUCCUUCACAGGUCCCAAAGGGGAUCACACCACAGGGGUAGGCCAUUAUAUGUACAUUGAGGCCUCUCACAUGAGGCAUGGAUUCAAUGCACGACUGUUGUCAUGGCAUCUGAGAGGAUUCACAGGCAAACAGUGCCUGACAUUCUUUUACCACAUGUAUGGGAUUGGAACUGGAUCGCUAAAUGUUUACUUGAAGAAGGAGAAUGCUCCAGAAAUCCUCGUAUGGAAAAGAAGAGGAGAACAGAGCAUAUCAUGGAUGAAAGCCUCGAUAGAAUACCAGUGUGAGCAUCGCCAUCAGAUUGUGUUUGAAGCGAUACGUGGUCGUUCAAUAAACAGCGACAUUGCAAUCGACGACAUUUUAUUUCAAAAUGGACCAUGCCAAGAUUCAGAGGAAUCUAAGGCACUUCACCCCGACUCUCCGAAUGAACAGGACUGGUACAGCAUUUAUAUCUGAAUUGAGGACCACGAUGGAGACCAUACUUCAAGAACAUCCGAGUCGCGGGAGCUUGAUGUGGAUCUUUCAGAAGUUGUAAAUUAUUUCUUUCCCUCAGCAGACUGAAGAGUUCAUUUGAUUUGAAUAUCUUCUUACCAAAUAUAGAUUAGAAAUAUGUGUUGUUUGUUUGUGAGUAAACGUGGUGACCACCGGGUUCCUUCGUUAGUAGUUGGGAAUAUCCAGUAUCCGUCGUUGCUGAAGAAUUGUAAAUAUUAAACAUUUCAAACUGGUAAAAGAUGAUAUACAGUACAUGAACAGUAUUUCAAUUUAAUGUUUGUGUUCAAAGAAUAUUGGGAGUGCAGUUAGCUGUCGCUUCUUGGGCAUUUCCUAUAAGUCCAAAUGUCAAUCACAUGCUAUAUUUAUCCAGUUGAAAAAUAAAAGAAAAAAGUA